AUGGCUGGUCAACUCAUGGGCGAAGCGUUCCACGCUCUGCUCCGACGAGCGGCGGAAGAUACUGAUCCCGAUGAUGCCCCCGAGGCAGGCUCUAAGGAGAUUACAAGCUCCUGGGCGCUGUUUAUCAUGAUCAUGCUGUUGAUGUUUGCCCUGUUUACGAGCUACAUCCUCCAGCAGCGGAAGAUCCAAGCUGUCCACGAAACAGUCCUAUCAAUUUUUGCCGGCAUGUUUGUCGGUCUGAUUAUCCGACUCACGGGCUCCAGCCUCCAGGACAGCGUCGCCUUCGACUAUCAGUUCUUCUUCAACCUUCUCCUUCCUCCAAUCAUCCUCGCCUCGGGCUACGAACUCCACCAGGCGAAUUUCUUCCGCCAUAUCGGCACGAUCCUCACCUUCGCUUUCGCUGGUACCUUUAUUUCGGCCAUCGUCCUGGGCCUCGUUCUCUUCCUAUGGACACGGAUCCCGCUGGAUGGCCUGAACAUCUCCUUUGUCGAGGCUAUUUCCGUCGGCGCCACCCUCUCCGCGACAGACCCGGUCACCAUCCUGGCCAUCUUCAACCUCUACAAGGUCGAACCGAAACUGUAUACCGUGAUUUUCGGUGAGGCGCUUCUUAACGAUGCGAUUGCCAUCGUUCUCUUCGAGACUGCGCAGAAGUAUGCAGAGUCGGAGGCUAGCUCGCUAACCUUUUUGAAUCUGUUCGAGGCUAUCGGGCUGUUCUUGCUCGUCUUCUUUGGCAGUAUGUUGGUCGGUAUGUUGGUUGGUAUUGCUACCGCUCUGGGACUCAAGUACACGCAUGUGCGGCGCAUGCCGAAGAUCGAGAGCUGUUUGAUCGUGCUCAUUGCUUACGCCAGCUAUUUCUUUUCUAAUGGCGUGCAUCUUUCUGGCAUUGUGUCCCUCUUGUUCUGUGGAAUCACUCUCAAACAUUACGCUUACUAUAAUAUGUCGCGCCGCACCCAACUAACCACCAAGUACCUUUUCCAGGUCAUGGCGCAGCUGUCAGAGAACUUUAUCUUCAUCUAUCUGGGACUGGACCUUUUCGUUGAGUCGCAUCUUCAAUUCAACCCUCUGUUCAUUUUUGUGGCAGUUCUUGGCAUUUGUCUUGCACGCUACCUAGCUGUCUUCCCUCUGUCCAAAGCCAUCAAUUGGUUCAUUCGGUACCGAGCCCGGCGUCGCGGCGUGGAAGUCGCGGACGAAUUGCCUUUCGCUUAUCAAGCAAUGCUUUUCUGGGCCGGCCUUCGUGGUGCUGUCGGUGUUGCCUUAGCCGCAGGUCUCUCCGGCGCCAAUGGGCCCACGCUACGUGCUACGGUCCUGGUGGUCGUUGUGCUGACCGUGAUCAUUUUUGGAGGCACCACUGCCCGGAUGUUGGAGAUCCUAGGUAUUCGGACUGGUGUUGUCGAGGAGGUUGACUCCGACGACGAGUUCGAUAUUGAGGUAACUCAUGGAGGUACCUAUUACAAACGUUCCGACACUGCUCUGGGCUAUACUCCGCGCCGAGCCGACUUCACCAUUCCUCUCGACGGAGUCACAAACCCUCCACGCAAUGGCCAAGGCGUCCGCGCUGACAGCUAUUCCACUGGCAAUAGCCGCCGUCCAAGCCCGCCUCAGGGCCACACUCGAAUGUACUCUGCGGCGUACAGCCCCAAGGACGCCCAAUCGCGUCGUGAUCGCUCAUCGACUGCCACACUCCUCAACGGGGGCGGCGUCGGGCCUAGUAGUCGCAGCAUCAGUAGUGGUAACGGCAGCGACGACGAAUUCGGUCUGCCCCCCAGCGGGAAAGGCCGCUCGAACCAAGUUGCCCAUCCGGACGAGUUCGACCUUGACUUGGAUGGCAUAUCUGACGAUGAUCUUCCCCCCGCUGCGAGCAGCGCUUCGCGUCUCCGGCGCACUUCCUCACACCCCUCCCCUGGUACCCACACCCCCUCGCCCAACGAUGUCUCCACCACCGCCUCUCCCGCUCAUAGGGAACAGGGUCUCACCGCGCGUGAAGCCCUGCGGGACCUCUUCUCUGGUGGCCCCUCGGGCGAUCACGCCGCGUGGUUCCGCCAGUUGGAUGAAGAUUAUAUUAAGCCGAAGCUGCUGCUAGACCAGUCGAAUCAUAAGGGACCGGGGGCAGUUUGA